UUUUUUUAAGCUUGUCUAAAUUGUCAAAUGUCAAUGUCAAUUUGACCAUUAAAAUUGCAAUAAUCUUCGAUUAACCACUUUACUAUUUUCGUAUUUCAGUAUUCUUUUCUAAAUCUGCUACUGUAAAGUGCUUGAUUAUCUUAUAGAUCUAUGUUGACUUGGUUCAUUAUGAACAAUAUGAUUUCACGUGUCGCUGCUAAACAAUGCGUAACAUUGAGAGCAGUCACAAAUGUUACACGCCGUAGUUUUGUUUCUAAAAUCGAAGAUGCUACUACCCAUACGGGCCAGAAAUGGGAAUCUGAUGACUACAGAUUGGCUCGGUUCAUGAAUGCCCCUAAACAAGUAAAUCCUAACUGGGCAGUUAAUUUGAUAGCAGAAGUACCACCAAAACAAGUUACUGAAAGAGUAGUAUGGUGCGAUGGAGGAAGUGGCCCUGAAGGACAUCCUCGUGUUUUUAUUAAUUUGGAUAAGCCUGGCGACCAUUCUUGUGGAUACUGUGGUUUACGCUUUGUGAAAAAAGAUGGCCAUUAAUAACAGAAAAUAAAAUGAAUGGAAAAAAUACAUUUUCGUAAGUUUUGCUUCCUAAGAAUUACUUUGUUAUAGUAGUUGUUGAAAAUAAAAGGAUAAAACCUCUUUGAA